AUGAUUAAACAAAGCGGAGAGGUUGCUGAAAUCCUUGAGUGUGUGUUGAAUGAGAGGAAUAAUGUGCACACAAUAUCGACACCUUUCGCCGAAUUGAUAAAAUCUCUUAAAAGACCACACCCAAAUAAGAGGUGCUCUCAUACUAAACUGAUUUCGGCGUUUUCCUACGAGGAAUACGUUGCAGUGACUCUGGAAGUGUCGGAUUCAACAGGAUUCAUUGUAUAUUGUCGCUAUUACGAUUGCCUUUUUCGAGAGGUUGGUGAGCCGUUCGCGGCGAAAAUUUUUCCCGACCAUACAGUCUUUUGCGCGCGUCGAAUCGGCGCCGAUUACAUUGCGAUAUCGAAUUCGACGAAUAAAAAUGAGUUGGUGCAUCAAGUCAAAAUUCAAGCACGAUUUGGUGAGUAUCAGCAUUUUUUUACGGUGUGUUUGAAUGCGAAAAGCCAAGGCGAAUCGCGUUUCUUCCAAAUUGCCGAGUUCAUCGAAUAUCAUAAAAUGCAGGGCGCAACUUUUUUCCAAGUGUAUUUGCAAAAUAUUACCGAUUAUGACCGAUUACUCAUUGAAGAUUAUUCGAGAACUGGCGAUAUUGAAUAUAUCAAAUUCGAAAACUCUCAAAACUUGGAAUCAGCUUUGAAAAAUGAUUGCUAUUUUCGAAAUAAGGGAUUUUCAAAAUGGACAAUUUUUCUUGACCUCGACGAAAAAAUAGAAGUAAAACAAGACGAACGUGUAGUCGAUUAUUUAAGAAAAAUCGAUGGCGUCCAAUUUACAAGUCUCGACUUUAAAAUUCACCAAUAUCCAAAAAUGGAAACGCACCCAAUAGUUUAUUCAAACCUUACUGUCAACGAGAACACAACGAUUUUUCAAGAAUCUAAUAGAAGGCUGGAGGAAGUUGAAGAUUAUUCGGAGCAUCUAUUAGUACAGUCAGAUCAAAUGAUUAUCAGCUUGAAGUCACAAGCGUUUCCAGAAGUGAAACGACAAAAGGUUUCUGAAAAUGUAGCUGUCAUAAGAAAAUAUAUCAAAACUAAGCGAAAUAGCGAAUUGCUAACAAUUUUGGGCAAAUUCUCCACAAAUAUUGAGAAGGAGCUUCCAAAAAAGAUCACAAAGCGUAUCAAGUAUGUUUACGAUAUUGUUGACGUUGAAUGCUUCAAGAAGGAGAUUACGUACUUGAGGCAUGGCGGAAUGAACGUGCCGUGCUAUGUUGAGAUGGUCAAAAAUCAGACAGCAUUGAUUGGAACCAGCAAGAAAUGA